AUGUCCGUCACCCCUGAAGCACCAGGCGCCAUGGGCCCAACCAUGACCGAGAAGCCCGCCAAGCGAUCCAUGUUUGGUGGUCGCCACAAGCAGGCCGGCGAGGCGGAACUACAGCAGCAUCAGCAGGAUCGGAGGGGGUUCUCGCAGGGCUUCUCUUUGCUCAGGUGGCUUAAGCUGCAUGGCAUCGACCUCAUCACUAUGGCUGCCAUGGGUGCAGUCGGUCUGGGUGUCUAUGAGGCCAAUCCAGCUCCAAGCCGUUCCUUCCCAGUCUUCAACCUGGAUGGGAACAUCGCAUACCCAGAGUUUGCGUACCCACUCAGAAAGAACAUUAUCCCCAUUUGGGCGGCCGCGUUCAUGGCCUUCUUCAUCCCUGCUCUCUUCUUUGUGCUUUUCCAGAUCAGAAUCCGAAACAUCGAGUCGCUGUUAGGGACGACGAUGGGUCUGCUAGAGUCACUGAUCACCGGAGCGGUAUUCCAGGUCUUCCACAAGUGGCUCAUUGGAGGGUUGAGGCCUCACUUCUUGGAUGUUUGCCAGCCAGACGUGUCCAAAAUCACACCAUCUGGUAACGGCUUCCAGCGGAUCAUGUACGACCGGAGUAUCUGUACCGGUGACCAGAACGAGAUCAAUGACUCGCUCGAGAGCUGGAUGUCGGGCCACUCCACGGCCGCGUUUGCGGGCUUUGUGUACCUCUUCCUCUACUUCAACGCACAGCUGAAGGUCAUGUCCAACCACCGCCCCGCGUACUGGAAAAUGGUCCUUACGAUCGCGCCUCUCCUUGGCGCCUCGCUUAUUGCUGCCUCUCUCACGGUUGACGAGUUCCACAACUGGUACGACUGCCUCGGCGGAGCGGUGACCGGCACCCUUUGCGCGUUCGUCGCGUACCGCAAGACCUUUGCUGCCACCUGGGACUUCCGUUUCAAUCACAUCUUACUGCCUCGCACGACCUCGCUCUUCCACCGUCACCCCACCGACGGGGGAAUGCACCACGCUCAAUUCGACUACUCGACCGGCGAGACUCGGAUGUACGCCCCUGCUGCGAGCGAGGGUGGUUGGAGGACUGACUGGACUAUGAGCGGGGCACCAAGCGAUGCUGCGCGAGUGGCGGUCUAG